CUUUACAGGUGGUCUUUGUUUUCAUUGUAACCUUAACAAGUCAGCAUGCCUCCCUGUGCUGUGUGAGUCCAGGAGGUCCACUGUCCACAAUCCAUAGUCCACUCUCCGAAGUCCAAACUACAGAUUCCAGAUUCGGGGUGGGGGUAAAUAUGCAAUCUUCAUUGUUCAUGAUUCAUGGAACAGCAAGAACCUGCUACCCAAAUUGUAGUAGAAUAGGUGGAAUAGCUGGGAGUCCCACUUCAAGAAAAAACACAUCUUUGAAUUUCUCCAAUCUCAAACUCGCUAAAUCUCAAGAAAACUAUCAAUUUACAAAACCCAUCUCACUAGUCCCAGCUAAACCCAAAAGGUCACUUCUUUGUGGCAAUUCUUCGAACGGUACUGUGAGUGCUGAUGAUGGUGGGAGUAGCAGCAUUGCAAGUAAUGCUAGCAGUGGCAGGAGUUGGAUCGAGGCUGUUGGGGAUGCUAUUUCUACUGCUUUUCCUUUGUGGGUUGCUAUAGGUUGUUUGCUGGGGCUGCUGAAGCCUAGUUCCUAUAAUUGGGUGCAGCCCAAAUGGACUAUCAUGGGGAUCACGCUAACUAUGCUUGGCAUGGGAAUGACUCUCACUUUUGAUGAUCUUAGAGGUGCUUUGGCUAUGCCUAAGGAGUUGUUCACUGGAUUUGUGCUCCAAUAUUCGAUAAUGCCACUAUCUGGAUUUUUUGUCAGCAAGCUCUUGAAUUUGCCAUCCCAUUAUGCGGCUGGCUUAAUUUUGGUUGGGUGUUGCCCUGGAGGAACGGCGAGCAAUAUUGUCACAUAUAUUGCACGCGGAAAUGUGGCCCUUUCAGUGUUAAUGACUGCUGCUAGCACCCUAUCUGCUGUGGUUAUGACCCCUGCUCUUACUGCAAAACUUGCAGGGCAAUAUGUUGCUGUAGAUGCACCUGGAUUAUUUAUGUCAACCUUGCAGGUUGUGCUUCUACCUGUUCUAGCUGGCGCGUUCCUUAAUCAGUAUUUCCAGAGCAUUGUUAAAAUUGUCUCUCCCUUAAUGCCACCCAUUGCAGUGUUAACUGUGGCAGUUCUGUGUGGAAAUGCAAUCGCACAGAGUUCUUCUACAAUCCUGAUGUCUGGUCAACAAGUGGUUUUAGCCACAGUUCUUCUUCAUGCAUCUGGAUUCUUCUUUGGCUAUGUGCUCUCAAGGAUGCUGGGCCUUGAUGUAUCUUCAUCUAGAACAAUUUCAAUUGAGGUUGGCAUGCAGAAUUCGGUGCUUGGAGUAGUUCUUGCCACUCAACACUUUGGAAAUCCUCUGACUGCAGUGCCAUGUGCAGUUUCCAGUGUGUGUCACUCGAUCUUUGGUAGUGCCUUAGCUGGAAUCUGGAGACAAUCUGUCCCUACGCAAGUGCAGAAUUAGUUCAUCACAAUUUGUAACUGGAUUAAGAAAAUGAAGAGAUUUAGCAUGAGAGAAUUGUUCAUCGAGACAGGUUUGACAGGCAAUCUAAAUUUUUUUUUUAUCUUACUUUGAAAAUGUAAAUUAUGUGCUUAAAACCAACUGUUACGUACGUACUGAUUAAAUGCUGGCACAUCAUUGACUACUUGGUUUC